AUGUCAAAACGCUUCGCAGAGCCUGGUCCCUCAGCUGAGCCGGCAACGAAGCGCCGGCGGCAGGAGGACGCUGACUAUAUCGACAUCUCCGACGACGACGGCGAUGCGAACGCGCUCGUCCCGCGCGGCGCAACGAUCAACUUCUCGGCCUUGACUCGCAAGCUCAACCAGAAUCGUACAGCAGACGCGCAAGACGCGCUUGUAGCCUCAAUAUUCUCUGACCAAGAUUAUUCUUGGUUGCACCUUAAGCCGGACCAUGCUGCUCGUCCCCUUUGGAUCAGUCCGGAAGAAGAAGGUCGCAUCAUAUUGGAAGCAUUCAGUCCGAUUGCAGAACAAGCGCAAGACUUCUUGGUAGCUAUCAGUGAACCGGUGUCCAGGCCAAAUUUCAUACACGAGUACAAGCUCACACCGUACUCCUUAUACGCCGCUGUAUCCGUCGGGCUUCAAACCGAGGAUAUAAUAUCCGUUUUGAACCGACUUUCCAAGGUUCCCGUCCCAGAUUCCAUCUCCGCUCUCAUCCGCGAGCGCACGCUGUCUUACGGCAAAGUCAAGCUUGUUCUAAAACACAAUAAGUACUUCGUUGAGAGUACGCAUCCCGAAAUGCUCCAGAUUCUCCUCAAAGACUCCACUAUCCGCGACGCACGGGUGGUCUCUACCGUCGAUACCAAUAGCAAUAAGGUCGCGACGUUCACGACCGCGAAGGCGCCUACCAGGGCAGGACUGGUCAUACCAGGCACGGAAGAGGCGAAGAAGGGCAAGGAUGAUCCGACGAAGGCGACUGCCGGUGGAGACGAGGCGCUGUUCUCGAGCGUCGUUGGCGUGGAGGGAGACGAGAUCGAAGAGGACGAUGAUAAUGUGCACGCAUUCGAGAUUGACGACGCCAAGAUCGACGCCGUGAAGAAGCGUUGUAACGAGCUCGAGUACCCUAUGCUUGAAGAGUACGACUUCCGCAAUGACACGGUGAACGCGAACCUGGAGAUCGACUUAAAGCCUGCGACGGUCAUCCGGCCGUACCAGGAGACAUCGCUCUCCAAGAUGUUCGGUAAUGGGCGUGCGCGUUCCGGAAUUAUUGUCUUGCCAUGUGGCGCCGGAAAGACGCUCGUCGGCAUUACCGCCGCGUGCACGAUCAAGAAGAGUUGUCUGGUACUUGCUACUUCGUCUGUUUCCGUCAUGCAGUGGAAACAGCAGUUUAUGCAAUGGUCCAACAUCAAUGAGAAGCAGAUCGCCGUUUUCACCGCCGAGUCCAAGGAGAAGUUCGUAGGAGAAAGCGGUAUCGUCGUCAGCACCUACUCCAUGGUCGCCAACACACACAACCGCGCGCACUCAACGCAGAAGAUGAUGGACUUCUUGACGAGCCGCGAGUGGGGCUUUAUUCUUCUUGAUGAGGUGCACGUUGUCCCCGCUGCGAUGUUCCGAAGGGUUGUUACGACCAUCAAGGCGCAUGCCAAGUUAGGACUGACCGCUACGCUUGUGCGCGAGGACGACAAGAUCACAGAUCUGAACUACAUGAUUGGGCCCAAGCUUUACGAGGCGAACUGGAUGGAUCUUGCCGCCAAAGGCCACAUCGCGAACGUGCAGUGCGCCGAGGUUUGGUGCCCGAUGUCGCCCGAGUUCUACGGCGAAUACCUGCGCGAGCAAAGUCGACGAAGGACGCUGCUCUACAGUAUGAACCCGAAGAAGUUUCAGGCGUGCCAGUUUCUCAUCAAGUACCACGAGGAUCGAGGAGACAAGAUCAUCGUAUUCUCGGACAAUGUGUUCGCCCUCGAGUCGUACGCCAAGAAACUCAAAAAGCCUUACAUCCACGGCGGCACCGGCCAACAGGAACGUAUGCGAAUCUUACAGCAUUUCCAGCAUAGUCCAGAGGUCAACACAAUCUUCCUGUCUAAGGUCGGAGACACGUCGAUCGACCUACCGGAGGCGACGUGCCUAAUCCAAAUCAGUUCGCACUUCGGCUCGCGCAGGCAGGAAGCGCAGAGGCUGGGCCGCAUUCUGCGUGCUAAGCGGCGUAAUGAUGAGGGAUUCAACGCAUUCUUCUAUUCUUUGGUAUCAAAGGACACGCAAGAGAUGUUCUACAGCACGAAACGACAACAGUUCUUGAUCGACCAAGGAUACGCUUUCAAGGUCAUCACGCAUUUGGAUGGACUCGAACAGAUGCCUGGUCUUGUGUACGCUACUCCCGACGAACGCAUCGAGCUCUUGAACGCCGUUAUGAUGACGAGCGAGACCAACGCUGACCUUGGAACGGACGUGAAAGCGUCUGAAGGUGAUCUCGCUGGCACAGUGACUUCCAAGGACUUCGGCACCAUCCCUACCAACAACGUCUUCGGCACGGGUAAGGGCAAGGCGAAGAGGGCUGCGGGUAGCAUGGCGGCGUUGAGCGGCGGACAACACAUGAGCUACGUCGAACAAAACAAGAACCCGAACCGCAAGCUGGCGAAGGAGCCUCCCGCGAGGCAUAAGCUGUUCGAGAAGAAGCAGAGGGAGGAGGCGGCGAGGAAGAAGGCGGCGAGAAAGGCUGGCGGAGCGUAG